UGUUUCUGUUCAGAGAAAGUGAAACUAUUUGACUUUGACUCUCAGGAGGUGAAAUGGCGCAGCAAGGAAAUCAGCUGGACCAAGAGAGAUUCUGCUGUUCAAUCUGUCUGGAUCUACUGAAGGAUCCGGUGACUAUUCCCUGUGGACACAGCUACUGCAUCAACUGUGUUAAAACCCACUGGGAUAAAGAGGAUGAGAAGAAAAUCCACAGCUGCCCUCAGUGUAGGAAGACCUUCAUACCAAGACCUGUCCUGGUGAAAAGCACCAUGUUAGCAGAUUUAGUGGAGGAGCUGAAGAAGACUGGACUCCAAGCUGCUCCUGCAGAUCACUGCUAUGCUGGACCUGAAGAUGUGGCUUGUGAUUUCUGCACUGGGAGAAAACUGAAAGCUGUCAAGUCUUGUCUGAUUUGUCUGGUCUCCUCCUGUGAGAAACACCUGCAGCCUCAUUACGAUGUAGCUCCAUUAAAGAAACACAAGCUGGUGGAGCCCUCCAAGAAGCUCCAGGAGAACAUCUGCUCUCGUCAUGAUGAGGUGAUGAAGAUGUUCUGCCGCACUAAUCAGCAGUGUAUCUGUUAUCUCUGCUCUGUGGAUGAACAUAAAGGCCACGACACAGUCUCAGCUGCAGCAGAAAGGACUGAGAGGCAGAGAGAGCUCCAGCUGAGUCGACAACAAAUCCAGCAGAGAAUCCAGGACAGAGACAAAGAUGUGAAGGUGCUUCAACAGGAGGUGGAGGCCAUCAAUGGCUCUGCUGAUGAAGCAGUGAAGGACAGUGAGAAGAUCUUCACUGAGCUGAUCCGUCUCAUGGAGAAAAGAAGCUCUGAUGUGAAGCAGCAGAUCAGAUCCCAGCAGAAAACUGAAGUGAGUCGAGUCAAAGAGCUUCAGGAGAAGCUGGAGCAGGAGAUCACUGAGCUGAAGAGGAAAGACGCUGAGCUGAUGCAGCUCUCACACACAGAGGAUCACACCCAGUUUCUACACAACUACCCCUCACUGUCACGACUCAGUGAAUCUACAGACUCAUCCAGCAUCAAUAUCCGUCCUCUGAGCUACUUUGAGGAUGUGACAGCAGCUGUGUCACAGCUCAGAGAUAAACUACAGGACAUUCUGAGGGACACAUGGACAAACAUCUCACUGACAGUGACUGAAGUGGAUGUUUCACUGUCACAACCAGAGCCCAGGACCAGAGCUGACUUCUUAAAAUAUUCACAGGAAAUCACACUGGAUGACACUAGACAAUGUCUGUCUUAUUCUUGUCAUGCAGAUAGAUUCAUUACAUGGCAUCAGGUCAUGAGUAGAGAGAGUCUGAUUGGACGUUGUUAUUGGGAGGUGGAGUGGAGAGGAAAAGUUUUUGUAGCAGUUGCAUACAAGAAUAUCAGCAGAGCAGGGAGCUCGGAUGAAUGUGUGUUUGGAUGCAAUAACAAAUCUUGGGCAUUAAAUUGCAACCAAAAUGAUUAUAUAUUCUUCUACAACAACAUCAAAACUCCAGUCUCAGGUCCUCGGUCCUCCAGAGUAGGAGUGUACCUGGAUCACAGAGCAGGUGUUCUGUCCUUCUACAGCGUCUCUGAAACCAUGACUCUCCUCCACAGAGUCCAGACCACAUUCACUCAGCCUCUCUAUGCUGGAGUUUGGGUUUCCUCUUAUGAAGACACAGCUCAGUUGUGUAAACUCAAAUAGACAAAGGUCAUUUAAGGUGCAUUUGGUUUGCGUUUGGUUGUCUUCCAUCUUUCCCAUGUGACCUGAAUGCAGCAUCAUUGUUACAGGGUGUGACCGCUGUGUGAAGUGUGAUAUUGCAUGUAUCUAAAUGUGUUUUUACUGAUGUUGUUUAAAGCUGCCAAAGGCUGAAUGAAGUUUUUACUCGUCUUCCUGCAGUGAACAUCACAGCAGGUGAACAACUGAAAUCUGAAACUGAUGCACAACACAAGAGGGCGCCUUCAUCCACCUGACCAGGGAUGUAGUGAAGGUUAAAGCUCCUCAGCUCAGUUUGUUCACAUGUUUCAGACCAUGUUUUUAAGCUGAUGAGAAACUUUAGUAAGUAUUAGUACAUAGUGAUUCAGAUAUGAUUCAUGCUAGUAUAACUGUGUCACAUUCCAGCAGAAAAAUGAAGUGAGUGAACUUGGUAACGAGUUUUCACAUUAAAAAAAACAAUGGAUUCAAACACUCAUCCAAUAUCUGUCACUCUAUUUGAAGAACAAAACGUAACAGAUAAAAUACUAGAAAAUUCCAGGGAAAUUUUGAGUGCCACGGGGGCUACUGCCAGGAUGAGUACAUGAUUUAUUUCCAGUGUUCAAAAGUCACCCUGAUCAUAUUCUGCUUUUGAGAAAUGUCUUGAUAUAAAAGACUGAUAUAAAACAAUGUCACAUCCCUCCAUCAUGUAUUAUGAGGGAAAUAUCUCAUAUCCUCUGUUGUUUUUUCAAUAUUCUGUUUAUAUCAAUAUUUUCUUCUGCUUUUUUUGCAUACAUCUCUUAAACCACUCCAGUUCUGCUCAAACCUACCAAAUGUUUAUUAGUU